AUGGCUGAAUCUCUAGAGGGACUCGAUCGUUUAUCCCCGGACGCCAGCUUCUUCGACGCGACUGUAAAUAAAACCGAAGGCACACCUGAACAAUCCUCAAUCAAAGAAGAGGUGGCUGUUGACCAGAUCACAUUGAACGGGACAACUUCAGAAAAUUUCGCGAAGGAUUCCACUCCAGUCGCAGUAGUGACACCAAGCAAACGUCCUCGAUUUUUUCGAAGUCCUAGCCCAGACAACAAGGUCGCCACCUCGCCCCCCAAAUCUGGUCAUAGGGCGGUUUUAGCGGAAAGCAACCAGCAAACUGUUGAUCCUCGAACCCCUACGCGUUCCAAGGAUGACACUCAUCGAUCUUCCAGCAAGCACACCCCACUAUCUCCACUGUCACCUCGGUUGAACAAAAAGAGUAAAAUCGCGAACUCGCCAGAUUCCUCAAUCACCUCAAUCAAGAAAGACUCCUCGACUGACGGGGUUGAAAACAAGCGUCCCAGUGAUUCUCAAGAUAAAUCGACUUGUCAGGCGUCUGAUGAAGCACAAAAAUUACGCGUGGACCAGCCGUUGUUUGAAAAUGUUUCUGAUCCGAGCGGCAAGUCUCAGGCAGCAGUCCUUGAUUGUAAGCCCGACCAUGACGCGCAUGAUAUUCCUCAGACGAAAAUCCUCAAGCUUGAUCCUGAGGAGAUUGAAAUGUCUCAGCCAGCAAUUCACAAGCCUGUUGCUCACGAUCGCGCUACUCAUCAGCCGGCAAACCUCAAAUCUGACCCUGACCGGCAAAAUAUUCCUCAACCGGCAGGCCUCGACCGCAAGCCCGACCUUUCGUCACGUGUGCCAGCGCCUUCAAGUUCAGCUGCCUCUGACAACAAAUGUAAAACCGAGCCGACACCAAGCACCGAUAACACUCAAUCACGCACCGUGCUGCCACAAUCCGAAGCUUCGAUGGAUGAAGAUCGUAAACCAAACCUGAGUUCUAGAUCUGACGUGAAGCCUGACCCUCAAACCUGGACCAGCAGCUCAAAUUACAUCGAUCUUUCAAGCUCUCCAGACCCACCAGACUUUUCUUCCGUUUCCAAGAAAAUAAAACCCGAAUACAGCGGAUCGUCUCGUCCCCCAGCUCCUCGCGCGUCGAAAGGUGCACUCCCGUCCUGGGAAAGGAAGUAUAUCGGUGGAUUCAUGUGCGAAGGAUACUUAAUUUAUUCGUCUGCCAGGCUGCGUGAGGGUGAAUCGGUUUGGCUGUCAAGAAGCUCGGCGAAUGAAGUCAAGAAAACCUCAAAAUCAGUCUCGGCAAAAAAGGAAGACCAUGUUGUUAGACUCGAGAGCAAGAACAAUGGCGCAUUUGCCCGAUUAAACGAGAAUUUUGCAAAAUGGAUCGUGAAAUUAAUCGACCAACGUCUGAUAAUUUUUGAAGGGAAAAUGAUGUUUCCUCCGUCGAAGUGUUCUAUUGGUGCAACGGUCCACUGUUAUUUAAAGGCUUAUCUCCUCCGGUCGGCGUUUGUUUCACCCACCGAUAAAAAGUUUGACUCUCUAACCAACCUUCAGAAGUCGAAACUGGCCAAUUUUUUCAACGCACCUGAAGCGAAAGAAGACAAAGAAAGGAUGGACAGACAACGAUCUGUCAACCACUUGUUCAGUACUAUCAAUCUCAUCGCAUCGAUUUCCAGCCCUGCUAGCGCGAGAUCUGGCAGUCGGCCGAACAUCAGCAGCUUCAAGACAGCAGGUUCCGUUAAAACAGACCCUGAUACAGAAGGUGUCAUUGACCAGCAAAGCAUAGAUCAGGUUUACCAGAAAGCUACUGCGCACGAUAUGUCUCUAGAUUUGCGUUCCCCUUGUGAUGGGUUCGAGCUUCCAUUACGGCCGUAUCAGCAGCAGGGCUUGGGCUGGUUAAUGAAAAUGGAAGUUACUCUCGAGGACGCCAGAGAAGAGGUUUCGAUACAUCCUCUCUGGGAAGAAUACCUAUUUCCUCACGAUGAAGACCAAGCACACCAAAUUAACGGCCCUGAUGAACAGUUUUAUUACAACCCCUAUAUGGGUGAAUUUAGCUUCGAGUUCCCCAGGGCUUCCCGCAAAUGCCAGGGUGGUAUCCUUGCCGACGAGAUGGGAUUAGGCAAAACGAUCCAAAUGGCAGCCCUUAUUUGCACUGCUCGGCCGCCUAAUCAUCCUUUGUUGAAACCAGCAAAUGACGACGACCAAUGGUAUGACUCAGACAAGAAACCUAAGAUCAAAGCUGAGCAGGAAGCGUCGGGAUGGGAAAGCAGUCCCCUCCAACAAGGCCCAACAAAGAGGAAUUUGCUUCGCAAGUCUCACGCCACAUUGGUCGUCUGUCCUCUAACUUUACUCGACCAAUGGAAAGACGAGCUUGAAAGGUGCCACAAAGCACUCAAAGUUUUUGUUUAUCACUCAGCUUCCAAAGCUGCAUUGAGUGGUGCGGCUGAUCAAUACGACGUCGUAAUAACAACCUAUAACAUCGUUGCAAGCGAGUGGGCGACGAUCGAUUCUAAGUCUAGCGAAAUCCCAAAGCUCCAUGGGUUAUUUAAAGUUGAUUGGUAUCGGAUCAUAUUGGACGAGGGACACAACAUUAAGAACCCCAAGGCCCAAUCAUCCAAGGCAUGUUAUAACUUAUCAGGACGCAGGCGAUGGGUGCUCUCCGGAACACCGAUUGUCAAUAGACUUGAGGAUCUGUCUUCACUAUUGCAUUUUAUCAGACUGGAGCCUUGGGGAGAUUUCUCCUUUUAUCGAUCCUUUGUCACGGUCCCUUUUAGCAAAAAAGAUCCCAAAGCUUUGGUUGUUGUCCAGACAAUUAUCGAAAGUGUCUUGCUGAGAAGAGAGAAGAAAAUGAAAGAUUUGAACGGAGAACCGAUCGUGUCUUUACCGCCCAAACACAUAAAUCUCGCCUAUCUAGAGCUCAACCGGAAAGAGCGAACGAUCUACGAUAUGAUUUACAACAAUGCGAAAUCCGAAUACAUGGAGUACUUGGGGCAAGGAACUGUUAUGAGCCAUGUGACGGCUAUCUUAGCGAUCUUGAUGCGACUCCGUCAAGCUGUUUUACAUCCUUCGCUCGUCUUGAAAAAGAUAAAAUGGUCCAAGGGCCAGUCGGAUGAUGAUGCCAAGACGAUUGGGAAUAUAAUGAAAGAUUAUGAAAACUCGACUGACUCUUCCUUCGCUGCCAACCAAUGGAAAGACUUGGAGAAAAGGCUCAAAGGUAAGAAAGGUGAUGGAGAAGUCGAAGAGCAGGAAUGUGUGAUGUGCCUAGAUGUAAUGGAUUCUCGGGUCUUUCUGCCCUGCAUGCACGCAUUCUGCAAGGAAUGCAUCAUGAGCUACAUCGAAAAUAAAGCUGGAGAAGAGACUACUUGUCCUACAUGUGAAGUGGCCUUUCAAGAGACAGGGAUCGUAGAGUUUGUCAUGAAUCGGUCCAAAAAUUCAUCGCAACCCUCCUCGGGAGUCAGUACACCAGGAGGACUAUCUAGCGCUGCGAUGAGUGAGGAUGAAGCCCCGGAGAUGGACACCAAACCAAUCGACAAAUCUCAAAUCGGUUCAAAAUCCUCGCGUGGUAUGAUUGAUCUUGAUUAUCAACUGCCUAUCGAAAGCAUUCCGAAGUCGCGUAGCGAUGAUGAAGAUGAUGAAAUCGGUGGAGGCUACUUGAAAAGGAAUGACUUUAUCUCUUCGACGAAAUUGGAAGCUUUGACUGAUCACUUGAUCAGAGCACGAAGAGAAGAUCCUGGGUUUUCGGCAGUUGUAUUUAGUCAAUUUACCGGCUUUCUAGACCUGAUCGAGCAAGUCUUAAAGCGCGACAAAUUUAGAUUUGUGAGACUUGAUGGAACAUUGCCGUCACGUAAACGAAAAAAAGCUUUGGAAACUUUCAACGACCCUCGAAAGCCUUGUAUCUUAGUCUGUUCCCUGAAAGUCGCUGGCGUCGGAUUAAAUUUGAUCAAAGCCAAUCGAGUCUACAUGAUGGAUACCUGGUGGAAUGAAGCCAUUGAAAAUCAAGCGAUUGACCGAAUCCACAGAUUUGGGCAAGACAAACCUACCUACGUUGUCAGGUUCUUAGUUAGCAAUAGUAUUGAAGAUCGAAUGCUAUCGAUCCAAAAGAAAAAGAGAGCCAUCAUUAAUGACGCUUUAGGUGGCAACAAGAACUCGAAAGCUACUCAAGCACAAACAUUGGAAAAUUUCCAGGCCAUCUUUGCGGAUUAG